AUGUGUGACUUAAGGCACUUACUUUGUCGGCUUGCUCUUCUUUCAGCUGAUUCUGGGAGGCCUCAACGUGAUCCUCUUCAUCGGCACCGCUGUCACGGUGUUGGUGGUGAUGCGCAUCAUCCUCCGGGACCUGAGCAAGGCGCUGGUCGUCACCAACGAGUUUGCGCAGACCCAUCCGCGUACCAGGCGUGCUGGGCAGCAGCUGAAGCGUGCCCGGACCGUGGUGAGACGCCAGCUGGCGGGUGUGGCCUUGAACGUGCUGGCCAGUGGCUUGGCUGGAGCUUUCGGGGCCCUCUUAGGUACUGUAGCUGUUAUUCUGAGGGUUGCCGCAGAUUUUUCGGAGUGAUCCACAGGCUUUGGGGUGGUCCCUUUGGCGGUGAAGACCAUCCUGGAUGGCCGUGGAUACAUCAGCGAGCAAGAGCUGGCCCUGAGGACUGCUGCUCAGGCGACUUGGAUCUUUCUUGUGACCUGCGUGGGACCUUUUCCAAGAUCGGAGGGGGUUGGUGUGUGGACACCCGCCACAAAAUGCCGCUUCGGACUCUUCCACCUGCUUUCGAGGGAUCUGUGCCAUCCGUCCGGAUUCGGCCCUCGACCCGACCGCGAGGUCCUGGACAUCGCGUCCUGCGUGGCGGCGGCGCUGAUCCUGUCGGGCGGCUACCGGCGCCCAGUGGAGGGGCGAAAGGUGCCGGUGUCACAGGGUGA